AUGCUCUCCUUUAACAAGAGUUCCAAUAGGCGUCGUUCCUUUAAACAAGAAAGUCUGGUGAGUGAAGAUGAAGAAGAAGAACGACAAUCUUUCAUAUUUAAUAACUUUGAUGAGGUGGAGAUUGAUAUAUUCAAGAAACCUUCCCUCUUCCAGCGUACUGAUGACGAACUGGACUUAAAUAUUUUAAGUGAAGUCUCUGACGAUGCAAGAGAAGAAGGAGAAGAAGAUGAAGAGCAGGAAGAGGACGAUUAUGCAUUUGCAGAGGUGGAUAAUAUCUUAUCUGAGUCAAAAAGUCCUCUGGAAUCCAAGACGACAUCAAUUAGUUCAAGAAAUGGUAAUUAUGAAGAAGAAGACUUAGAAGUCACUUUACAAUUGAAUUCCAUCUCUUCUCCCUCUAAGGAAAAUGAACAGGAAUUCGAACCUUUUAAUAAUUGGUCCAUUUCUGAUUUAUUUGAUCCUUCCAUUAGAAACUCCCCUACACAGGAGAAACGUGGAACCUCCGUCACUUCUUCUCAAGGGCGGUCCCGUACUAAGAUAAGGAACUCAAGGGAACCCAUUAUUAACACUCUGAGCAAGAAACAAAUAUGUUUUGUCAGGCAUUUUGUUUCCAAUUUAAUAAAACCAUCUUUAGCGAAACAACCUAACAAGGCAUUUCCUGCUAAGAAAUAUGAUGAUAUUCCAUCUGUUUUUCAUAAUAAAAAUUUGCUCUUCAAAUGUUCUUUAUUACUGAUAAGAAACUUGAGCAAUCGUACACCAGUGGGAAUUAAUUUCCCAUUCAAGAUCAAUUCUUCUACUCCCCUAUCCACCAUUUCCUUGCGAACAAAUUCUAAUAGUAAUUCAAAUUCGUGGUUCAGUUGGAGUUUAAUACCUAGGGUAACAGGAAGCGAAACGUGA